UUGGCAGUAAGGGCCUCACGUGAACGGAUCGAAGCGUUCAAGCCAAAGCUAAUCCCAAAGCUAAGUGACCUUUUCAUUCAGGUGACGCACAAGAUUGACGAGGACAAAUGCCGCAAGUCGGAAACCGGUGACACCAUCCACCAACAGUACGAGCUCCACCUUGAGAACGGUACUUUCGUCGAUUCGUCCUUCUCACGCAACAAGCCCUUCAUCUUCCAGCUGAACAAGGAAAAGUCAUCAAGGGAAUGGAUAUCGCCAUGA